AUGGUCACCACACGAUCUAUGGAUCAUGGUCAGGCCGAGCAGCCGAACGCAGAGAAAUCGGCCUCGGCCGGGUCAAAACGCGAGGCGCGACAGGAGGCGCCAGAGGAGCCACCUACAAAGCAGCGCAAGAGAUCGAAAGAUGAGAGUGAGAACAAGCACAAUGCGAAUAAGAGCGAUGAUGAGGAGGUUAAGCGAGACCCUCCCGAGAAAGUGAAGCAAUCCCCCAACUGCCUCGAACUCGGCAUGGUGUACUUUUACGCGCGGCCCCGCGUCGAGGAAGACGACCCGCAGGGCGUCGAAGACAUGGCGCGGUCCUUUAUCCUCCUGCGGCCCAUCGAAGACUUUGACAAGCCGCUGAGCGACGACGGCAAGGCGCGGCUGUGCAUCGUGCCCAAGAAGACGUUUCCCGCUACGGGGAAGGAGCGGUGGAUCUCCUUUGUCAGCAAGGGCAACGAGGCGUACGCAAAGAUCACCGGGGACGAGCUGGGGGCGCGCGAGUACGAGACCAAGACGCGCGGGACGAGACACGUGCCCGCGGCGAUGCUCGUUGGAGCGGGCGCGUACGCGCUGUCCAAGGCGAAUAAGGGGAGUAACCUCGCGUAUGUGCUGUCGCAGCCCAAGGAGCUGGGUGAGCUGCAGAUUGAUCUUGGGCUCAAGUCGCGCGGGUAUUUCUCCAUCAGUACGCGGAACCCUGUGUAUCCGGCGCCGAAGAAUGCUGGCUUGCCCGAAGGACCAAAGUAUCCCCAAGAGGUCAUGGAUGAUUUCCAGUCUCUGCGGUGGAUCCCGACGCAGCCGCGCCACCUCGACUACGAUAACACCCAGUUCCUCAUGAUAGGGCACUCGUCGGGCCUCGAGGCCGCAUUUGUAGACAAGAAUACUAAGGGAAAGAAGGAGGUUGAGUUUAGAGAGGAGCUUUUCGAGGGUGAGGAGGAACUACCUGACGAUGCUGGGGAGGAUGAGAUUGCCGAGUCUUUGGCACAGGUCGAGCAGUAUGUGGGGAAACUUCCCAAGGUUGAGACAAGCUUUUAG